AUGAGUGCUUCAGAGAUUGUUUUUGUGUUACUAUUGCUUGUAUUAAUCAAUAUAAGCAGUAAUAAUAUCAAUGGCGUCAAUGCAUUUCACAAAGUUAUUAAGAAAAUGCAAUCUAAAUCGACAUCGUUGGAGGUAGUUAGCCAUCUUCAUAGAACCGGCUUUCACUUUCAACCUCCCCGCCACUGGAUUAACGGUCCAAUGGUGUACAAGGGAGUCUACCAUCUUUUCUACCAAUACAAUCCCAAAGGUGCGGUUUGGGGUAACAUUGUGUGGGCUCAUUCAGUUUCUAAGGACUUGAUCAACUGGGAAGCUCUUGAACCGGCUAUUUACCCCUCCAAAUGGUUUGAUAUCAACGGUACAUGGUCCGGUUCAGCCACCAACGUACCAGGAAAAGGACCGGUUAUCCUCUACACUGGUAUCACCAAGAACCAUACUCAAAUCCAAAACUAUGCCAUUCCCCAAGACCUUUCUGACCCAAACCUCAGGAAAUGGAUUAAGCCCGACGAUAACCCGAUAGUAAGACCCGACCAUGGCGAGAAUGGAUCCGCCUUCCGUGACCCGACAACUGCUUGGUUCAACAAAAGAGAUGGGUACUGGAGAAUGCUCGUGGGCUCAGAGAAAAACCGUAGAGGAAUUGCUUACAUGUACAAAAGUCGUAACUUCAAGAAAUGGGUCAAGACUAGACAUCCUAUACAUACCAGAGAAGGAACCGGUAUGUGGGAAUGUCCUGACUUUUUCCCGGUUUCCACCCACAAGAAAACCGGUUUAGACACCAGCUACGAAGGUCCAAACAUAAAGCAUGUGUUGAAGGUUAGCUUGGACUUGACUAGGUACGAGUACUACACUCUUGGGAAGUACGAUACCAAGAAGGAUCAUUACAAGCCCGAUGGUACCACUCCUGAUGGUUGGGAUGGUUUGAGACUAGACUAUGGGAACUUCUAUGCGUCAAAGACAUUCUUUGAUGACACCAAAAACAGAAGAAUCCUUUGGGGUUGGGCCAAUGAAUCUGAUAGGGCUGUAGAAGAUACCUUGAAGGGUUGGGCCGGUGUUCAGCUUAUCCCAAGAACGGUGUUGCUUGACUCUAGUGGUAAGCAGCUAGUGUUUUGGCCUAUUGAAGAGAUUGAGUCGUUGAGAGGAAAGAAUGUUCAAAUGCACAACCAGAAAAUGGAGAUGGGUCAACGCUUUGAGGUCCAAGGAAUCACACCGACUCAGGUUGAUGUGGAUGUUACAUUCAACGUUGGAAGUCUAGACAAGGCAGAAACAUUUGACGCGAGGUUUGCAACAAAACCACUAGAUUUAUGUAACAUGAAGGGUUCAAAUGUGACAGGCGGGGUUGGACCUUUUGGUCUGAUCACCUUGGCUACAUCUGACCUACAAGAAUACACUCCCGUCUUCUUCAGAGUCUUCAAAGAUGCCAAAACCAACAAGCCUAAGGUUCUCAUGUGCUCCGACGCCAAGCCUUCAACUCUCAAAGGAGACACCGGCACUGACGCCACGGAGAAGAUGUACAAGCCAUCGUUUGCUGGUUUUGUCGAUGUUGAUCUCGCCGACGGAAAGAUAUCUUUAAGGAGUUUGAUUGAUCACUCGGUCGUGGAAAGCUUUGGAGCAAAAGGAAAAACUGUGAUAACGUCUCGUGUGUAUCCAACAAAGGCUGUAGGUGAUAACGCUCAUUUGUUUGUCUUCAACAAUGGGUCACAGCCUGUGACUGUUGAGAGCCUCAACGCAUGGAACAUGCAGAAGCCUCUGAAAAUGAACCAAGGAGCUAGAUGA